UCUUCCACCUGAGAGUCGGACUCGGACUCUCGGAGCCAGCCAGGCAUGAGGAAAUUGUGCGCCGUCCGUACGCCUCCGCCGCCUUCCACCGCCGCCACCGCAUCUAUGCAAUAAAAAUCCAAAUCCUCGGAUCCAAUCUCAAAUCAUCCGCGAAGCAAUUCUCUCGGCAACCUAGAUCGCCCGCAUCGCGUUCAAUUCGUCCCAGCAACCACCGCAAAGGAGAGCCUUGCUCCCAGCAACCACAGCAGAUCCGGCGAACAAGAUGCUCUGCCUCCCCUCCUCCUCCGCGUUCCGGCCGGCCGAUCCGGCGGCGCGUGGCGCCAUGGCUUCGCAGCAGCAGCGCCAGAGCUUUCCUCACGCCUCCACUGCAGCUCGAGGCAUGCUCAGCUUCUCCUCCGCCGUACCGUCCGGGCCGGCAGAUCCUGCGGCGCAGCAGCAGGACUUCCGCAUGCGGGAGUUCGACUACUUCGUCGUCGUCGACUUCGAGGCUACCUGUGAGAAGGAUUCGCGCAUCUACCCGCAGGAAAUCAUCGAAUUUCCUGCGGUCCUCGUCGACGCCGCCACCGGCGGCCUGCUCUCCUCGUUCCGCACCUAUGUGAAGCCGCGGCACCACCCGGUCCUCACCGCUUUCUGCUCCGAGCUGACGGGGAUUCAGCAAGAGCAGGUCGACGGCGGCGUGGAUCUUGCAACGGCGCUGGCCUUGCACGACAAGUGGCUGGCGGCGGCGGGCGUCGCCAAGAACCGUCUCGCCAUCGUCACCUGGGGUGAUUGGGACUGCCGGACGAUGCUGAAGUUCGAAUGCAAUUUCAAGAACAUCUCCAAGCCAUCGUAUUUCAACCAGUGGGUUAACCUCCGGAUCCCCUUCGAGACCGCGUUUGGCGCUGGGCGGCGCAACCUGCAAGAAGCUGUCCGGGAGGCGGGUCUGCAGUGGGAUGGCCGCCUCCACUGCGGGCUCGACGACGCCCGCAACACAGCGCGUCUCCUUGUCGAGCUGAUGCGGCGGGGAGUCCGUAUCUCCAUAACCGGCUCUCUGGUGCCACCGCCUCUGCCAGAGCCAGAGCCAGAGCCGGAGCCGGAGCCGGAACUCCAACAUCAGAGGCGGUGUGGUGACCACACCAGGACCAAUGCACGGACGAUUCUUCUUCGCUUGUGGGAACUGGACGCCGACAUGUCGUUUCUUCCUCUGGGCGGCCUGAUUGCCGGCCAUCUGGACUCCAUCGCAUCAUCGGCGUUAAGGUUAGCUAGUUACUACUCACUUAUACACACACAUGGAGUGCAUGCUUAGUUAGUGCUCAGGUAGGUACCGCACUUGCUCAGGAGUUUAUGCUCUGUGAAUCUGUGUGAACCAGUUAGAAUUUUUUACGGUCGGUAGCAGUGUCCCUGGGGUCUUGGAGGGCAAAUCCUGUUGAGGAUAGGUGCUUGCAAUGAAGCUUGGGCUAGUGUGCAACUCCUGGAUGAAACGAACAGUUUGCAUACAUAAUUUCUAAAAAGUUUGAUUUUCCUCUUUACUGAUCAUUGAAAAAUUGAUCUCCCAAUUCUACCAAUUUCCUGUGAGUGAGAUGAUUUGAAAGUCAGGAUGAAGCGUAAAAUGCAGCCAUUGUUAAUAAGUUAAUAAAUUGACAUGGUGAUGAAACUUGACCCUUUCUGUUUCAUUUUACUGAAUAACCAUAUAAUGAAACUUGACCCUUUCUGUUUCAUUUUACUCUCUAAAAUAGCUUCUUGUCAGAUAGGAGUAUGUGACUUGUACAGUUGCCACCACACUUUUCUUCAGUACCAGAUUUAAGCUAUCUUACUAAUCCUUUAUGAUAAUCUCCUAAAUCUUCUGAACUAGUUUGUAACUCAUUGAUGAAACUAACAGUUUUUCUUACAUAAUAAAUCAUUAGAGCUAACUUCUAAAAGUUUGAUUUUUCUCUUUAUCGAUCAUUGAAAAAUUGAUCUCCCGUUUCCAUCACUUGCCUGAAAUUUAGAUGAUUUGAAAGUCAGAUAGGAUGGAGCGUAAAAUGCACCCAUUGUCAAUAAGUUAAUAAAUUCACAUGGUAUGGAAAAUGCAACAAUUGCUAAAAGAGUUGUUCUUAUACCACUUGGAUAAGAAGAACUAAAAGAGAACCGAAUUCUGAGCCCUUGAUUGUUGUGAGUUAACCUUAGGAUCAUUUUUUUUUGUUUGUCUGUUUGUGGGUGGGGUGGGGGGUAGACCGGUGGAGUCUGCUGAAUACCUACCAUGUAAAAUACUUCUGGUUCACCUAGAUUGACUGAGCACCUGCAUGUGGUUUCACGGUAUCCUGAGUUUUUUUUGAAAACUCCUGUGUGUGUGGUGAGGUGUCUAGGAUAUGACUACAUCAUCUUCAAUGUAAUCUAGUUCGUAUCUGGUCUUCAAUGUAAUCUAGUUUUUAUCUUGGCUUCAAUGUAAUUGAGUUCUUACCAAAUGUAAUCGAGUUGUUAAUAUAAUCAAGUUCUUCCCUUUUCUUCAAUGUAAUGGAGUUCUUCUGCGUAAUAAACUUUAUAUGGAAGUGAAUGGAGAUUGUUUUUCC